ACUGCCCACCAUCCAGAACUGGUUCUUCUGCUCAAGAUCCUUGCUGGAAAAGAACUGGAAAAUGAACUCGACAACCUGGAUUGUGGAUAGUUAUGAAGAAGCUCUUGCCAAAAACAUUGUGAUCGUUUCUCUUGGUCUCAUCAUUAAUUUCAUUAACGGAAUGCUAGUGGUGACUUUCUUCUCCAAUCCAAUGUUUUCAAGAGACUCCAGAUACAUUUUAUACAUUCACCUGAUAAUCAAUGACAUGGUCAUGAUAUGCAUAUCAGUGACUUUAUAUGUCUUGACCUAUGUUUCCCCACUUGUGAAUGUUUCAUUAUGUUGCGUAUUGGUGGUUCUUGGUUCAACCACGUUUAUGAUCACUCCAUUGAAUCUGGCUGGUAUGGCAAUAGAGCGUUUCAUUGCUAUCUGUAAACCACUGCAUCACGCUCAGAUUUGCACACCACAAAGGACCUACAUAUUUAUAUGUUUGCUGUGGGUUAUAGGAGCUAUACCUUCACUGGCAGAUAUCAUUAUUUUACUCUUAAUCCAACCCAUAUCGUUUUUCAAUUCUCUUGUACUUUGCUAUCCUGUCAGUUUGUUCACAUCCAAACAGCACAAGGAUCGCACCACUGCCUCGCAAGUUAUUUAUAUGUCAUUUGUGUGGAUAAUUCUCAUUUACACUUAUUGCAGAGUCCUAUUCACUGCCAGAAAGGCCAUUUCAAAGGGUUCAGCAAAUAAGGCUCGGAGUACGAUAUUGUUGCAUGGUGUCCAGUUACUUCUUUGUAUGCUUUCCUAUAUUGCCCCUGUUUUAGAUAUGAGUGUCACUACUUUUUUUCCUGUUCACAGAACAAAGAUCACCUUCUUUAAUUAUCUAAUCACAAAUAUUAUGCCAAGAUUAUUGAGUCCUUUGAUAUAUGGGGUCCGAGACCAGAAAUUUCUAAAACAAAUGAAGGAAUACUUUAUUUGUAAAGUCCUUAUUGUUAAGAUUAUGCCAACAAAAUGA